AUGGAAUGGAUUAUCUCGUACGUGAUGGACCCGGAGCCAAAUGGCUCUGAAGGAAGAAAUAUUACCGUUACUUCAACUGCACAACCUGUUCCGACACUUCAUCCCUAUUACCAAACGUACGAUGUCAUGACCGGAGUGCGAAUAGCUGCGACGCUCGGCAGCUUUUUUGGCCUAAUGGCUAUUCUCAUGUUUUACAAAUCAAAAUCCAAGACUGAGAAGGCCAUGGAAGACCCAGAUUUUACAGCCGCUGCUAUUGCUGAGGUAUUAAAAAAUGAAGAAGAGGAAGAGAGGCAACUACAGAUGGCCCUCGAAGCUACAGUACAUCAUCAGCUAAAUCCACGGAGGAUAAGAAGGUCCUUGGAUACUGCAAGCAUGCCUUCGAAUUGGGACAGAUACACGCCACGAUUUUCCUCGUUCGCAGGAGGCAGUGGAAUGAUUAAUCCGCCAACGAGGCAAAACUGUAAACUGCCGAUGUUUACUGAUGAUGAUCCUGAAGAGAUUGGGUCACUGUAUGAUGAAAUUUAUUAUAAUGAUCAUCUGGAUAUCCCACGCCGACCCAGCAAUAUCACCUGUUCAUCAUCGGGCAGUUCAUAUCUAGAACGUAGAGACUCAUCGACAACUCUGGGACUUCCUCCCAUGCCAGCGCACAAGUGCAAAUCAUCCCAGUGUCAGUUCUCCGAUGUCCCGGAGUUGUACGAUUUUUAUUAUCCCAUAGAUAUUAGAGUUACCCAUCCGACUCCCGGGGGAUCCCCUUGCGGGAGUAAUAGAGGACUGUACGACAGAGUUGUCGAUAUUCCGAAUUUAAAACCGAAGCUAGCUCCUUUAGCUUCUAUUAGUAGUUGUAAUAGUUCAUUAGGAACUGAUAUUCCAGACUUCGAAGUACAAUCAUUUUCUAGCGAUUCUGUAUUUCAAGACGACGACGAAGAUACAGAACACGAAAUGGACGAAUUUAGCACAAACAGCGAGGCAAACAGCGACGAUAGCGACGUGGAUAGUGAAAACGGCGCGUGCUAUCGUGGAAGGAGCAUAAGACUGACAGUUCCCGUGGAUAUAGAACCUAUACCUUCAUCAAAGUCUUCGUCGACUCUAGUAGGCCAUGACAAAUCUUCUUCCGAACACAGUUCUGUUAUCAAUUUAGAUGAAAAAAAAUCUUGGGUCCAAGAAACUCUAUUUUGA